AAUGUCUGAAGAAUCAAUUGUUGACAGUACAGAAAAUGAAGUUAUGGCUGAAGAAGUUUCUGAAGAAAAUCAAGAGCCUAAGUUGUAUAAUCAUGUAUUGACGGAAGAGCAGAAACAACGUAUAAUAAAAUGCGUUACUUGGGACGAUAAAGUUGUUGAGGUUGAGUGGUAUUUGAUGAUGCAAUGCGGGGCUUUUGUUUUGCUUUGGGAAAGUUUGAAUCUUGAAGAUGCUGCAAAUCCAGAGGCUUUGGAUAAUUUUAAUUUUCCGCUCAAUGAAAUUACUGAGGAAUGUUUUGUUAAAGUUGUGGAAUGGUUGCGGAAUCACCAAGGUUUAGGCCCGAUCGAAAUUAAACACGACCAUAUUACUGGCGAGAUUUUUCAGCGCAAAUGGUUUACUUUAACUGAAUGGGAGAAGAACUUUUUUGAGAUUGAUUUUGAAUUUUUGAAGGAGAUUUACUUGGCUUCUAAUUUUUUGGACAUUAAAUCCCUCUACUAUUAUUGUGCUCAAGAAGCGGCACGUUGUAUUAUGGAUAAAAGUGCCCAAGAAAUACGUGAUAUGUUGGGAUUGCCGGAUGACUUAACAGAUGAGGAGAAGGCCGCUAUUGCAAGGGAGUAUGAAUAUCGUGAAGAGGGUAGUACACCUCCGCCACCACCAGCAGCAGCAGGGGAGGUUAUAGAUGAGUCCAAUUUGGUCGGAACUUCCUCUUCUUUUCUUCCAAAAAGUUCUUCCUCUUCUUCUUCUCAAGUUUAUGCAAAUAUUAAUGGAAGUGAAGUGACCUUAGAUUUUAAUGGGGAAAGUAGUGGGAAUAAUAAUAAAAAUGAGGGUGGUGAUAAACCUGGACCAUCCUCUUCUUAAUUUUGUUUUUUUAAAUUAUUGGUACUUUUAUUUAUGUCACAUCAUUUUCUAUUGUAAGAUUUAAAUGUUGGGAUUUUUAUUGAGAAAAAAUAGGAGGAAAAUUGAGUAAGUUAGAGGCGAGUUAAUAUUGGAAAGUGAUUUCCGUUUUUUUUUUGAAAAUUAUUUUGGACCGAGUUUUGUGAGACCAUUCAAUAUUGGAAGUAAGAGAAUCUAAGUCUUGUUGUGUUAUCUUACCCAAAAUUGA